AUGGCGGCUUCGGCCAGCGGCGGGGGCUCCGCGGUGUCGGUGCUGGCCCCGAACGGGCGGCGCCACACGGUGAAGGUGACGCCGAGCACCGUGCUCCUGCAGGUGCUGGAGGACACAUGCCGGCGGCAGGACUUCAACCCCAGCGAGUAUGACCUGAAGUUCCAGAGGAACGUGCUGGACCUCUCUCUGCAGUGGAGGUUCGCCAACCUGCCCAACAACGCCAAGCUGGAGAUGGUGCCCGCGUCCCGCAGCCGCCAGGGGCCCAGGAACACGGUCCGCAUCGCGCUGCAGCUGGACGACGGCUCCCGGCUGCAGGGCACCUUCUGCUCCGGCCAGAGCCUCUGGGAGCUCCUCAGCCACUUCGCUCAGACCAGGGCUUGUCUGGAGCAGCCGUGGGAGGCCAGCCCGGUCUGCGUGUACAUGAGGGGUGAGGUGACCGGGAGAGCCGCCUUGCAGAGCACGACGCUGCUGUCCCUGGGCCUCACCGGGGGCAGCGCCAUCAUCAGGUUUGCCAUGAGGUCAUGCGACUCGGCCGCCACGCAGGAGCCCGGGGGCUCCCGGAGCAGGGGCCCGGCCAGCCCCACCCCCUCGCUGUCGGCCGAGCAGGCCGCCGGCAGCCCGCUGCUCCCCGUGGCCUCAGGGGGGCUCAGCCAGGGCGACGUGAGCCGCCGGGACGAGGCGGGCCCCUCGGCGGCCGGCCGCGCUGAGGACCCCCCGGCCAAGCACAUCUCGGAGGAGCCCACGCCGCCCGCCUUCGUGCCCUUCUCAGGCGGCGGGCAGCGCCUGGGCGGCCCCUGCGGGUCCUCGCGGUGCCUGACCUCCCCGGCCGCCAAGCUGCCCAAGUCCUUCUCCAGCCCCGGAGGCCCCUCCAAGCCCAAGAAGUCGCGGCCCCCGCCGGAGCCUGAGCCGCCGGUGGACCGGGACCCCGUGGUGUGCCACCCGGACCUGGGGGAGCUGCUGCAGGCCUGGCCGGCCGAGCUGCCCGACGAGUUCUUCGAGGUGACGGUGGACGACGUGCGGAGGCGCCUGGCCCAGCUCAAGAGCGAGCGGAAGCGCCUGGAAGAGGCACCCCUAGUGACGAAGGCCUUCAGGGAGGCCCAGAUGAAGGAGAAGCUGGAGCGAUACCCUAAGGUCGUGCUGAGGGUGCUGUUCCCCGACCGCUACAUCCUGCAGGGCUUCUUCCGCCCCAGCGAGACAGUGGGGGACCUGCGGGACUUUGUGAGGAGCCACCUGGGGGACCCUGAGCUGCCCUUCCACCUGUUCAUCACUCCUCCAAAAACCAUCCUGGAGGACCACACGCUGACCCUCUUUCAGGCAAACCUCUUCCCGGCCGCCCUGGUGCACUUCGGGGCCGAGGAGGCAGCAGGUCUCUAUCUGGAGCCCAAGCUGCUGGAACACACUGUCUCCCCAUCGGCAGCCGACGUGCUGGUGACCAGGUGCAUGUCCAGGACCUCCGUGACCCCGUCCCCGCUGCCAGCCCCUGACCCCGUGCCCCUCGAGUCGGAGGCAGCUGCCGAGGAGGGUGCCAGGGCGCCCCCUGAGCCCAGCCCUGGGGCAGUCCAGCCCCUGAGGAGGGACCUGGGCAAGGUGCCCAAAUGGCUAAAGCUGCCAGCCAGCAAGAGGUGA